AUGGUAGGACAAAUGAUUAGGAAAUACUCCAGAAUCAACAUUAAGAAUCGAGUUGCGGACUCAUCUCUUGUUCAAUCUAUUCCAAUAUCAAGACCAAAACCACAAUAUUCUCUUGGCCUACCUCCUAGAACAUAUUGUUUAUCUCCUUUGGAACAUAAACUUGUAGCAGAAAGAGAAUUGCCUGAAAAUAAGUACCAUUAUGCUUAUUAUUAUUUGAUACAAAUAAUCACUUCAAAUAGUGCUUUUUUG